AUGCCGAUUGCGAGCUUAGAACUGCGAGAUGAAAAGCACAAGGAGGGGAUGAAUGCCAAGACAGCCUCCCCUGGUCAGUCUGAGAAUGAAGUUGCUUGGGAUCUGAGCCACGACGGUAGCAUCCGAGAGCAAAGGAGCUCGUUGUUGCAGCAUUGAUGGUUCUGCGCCACAUCGUCGCCCUCUCUGUGGUGCUCAUCUUCGUCCUCCACACACUCGUCUCGUCAGCCGCCCUCCUGCACCCCAGAAGAGGCACCCGCACGGCCAGACCGCCGCCCUCUCUCUUCCUCCUUCUCCCCCAUCCCAUGAUCAUCCACGCGCGGCGGCGGCGCAGGCGGCCGACAGAGAGGGCGGUUCGCUGCUCGGCCGUGUCUGAGCGGACAAAGUCCCUCGACGCUCUCACGGCGACGGCUACAGUGCCAGCAGAUCAUCGGGGUGGUGGAGUGGUGCUGGACAUCGGCAGUGUGGUGGAGGGCAUUGGGCAUGUGACGGGCAGCCGCAUGCACGCCUAUGAGAGGAGGAGGGAGCGGGAGAGGGGUCAGAUGGAGAGGAGGGAGCGAGGGAAGGAUGUGGCCUUUGAGGCGCACGCCAAGAUCCAGAAGAGGCUGGUGGCUGCCCAGCGGCCCAAAGAGGUAAGUAAGGGUGGUGGGCCCAGUCAAUGGCAGGCGAAAGCUGCACGUCGGGUAUGGUGUGGUGUGGUGUGGUGUGUUGUGCUGUGUGAGUGAAGGUGCUGCGUUUGGUCGAGAAGCACCUGGAGUACUUCAACGAUGUCAACGCCAUUACAGCAGUACACAGGUCGGUCGGUGGGGUCAGUCAGCCGGUCAUCCAAAGAAAGAAAGCAUCACAACAAAGGAAACAAACGAAGAAAGCCACUUUCUUCUUCCCCUGCGCACAUGCGUCAGGUUGGCCAAGAUGCAGAAGGACAAAGGCUUCAGCAUCAAGAAGAAGAGCCCGACAGUCCGGCACACCACCGACCACCAACACCGUCAUCCAGCCAGGGAGGGUGGCGAGUCAGCGCUCGAGCAGGAGGUGCGCUCUCUCACGGCAGCUGGCAUGGAAGCACCGACGCCGGCCAUUGUGGCGCGCAAUGGGUCGAGGGGCGUGUCAGUGGACCAGCUGCCCGAGAACCCGACAACGGGCCAGUUGCUGGAGUCGGGGGUGUUCCAGCUGCUGAUGGAACGACUGGACGUCGUGAGCAGCAGGGCGGGGGGAGACGACAGGCAGAAUGGCGAGGCGACAGGGCACGUCCACACACGACAUGUGAAUGUAUGUGUGGUUUGCUCACAGGCGAUCGACCGCUGCUGGUGGGAUGCGCGGUCAGCUGUCAAUCUCGCCUGGUCAAUGGCCUCACUGCAGGUAGCACCACGGACGCACCCACUCAUCCACAGGCACACCGAUCUGUGCACUUGUGGACGUCUGUGUGUGCGGUGUCGUUUGAUCGCAGUUGCCCCCCUCGGCCAUGUUUGAGGAGCUGCUGUUUGGUGCCUGCCAUCUGCACAUCGACGGCAUGGUGCCUCAGGGCUUGGCGAACCUAGCCUGGGUCAUCGCCAAGACCAACACACACAGCAAGGUACUGACGAUAGCACAAAGUGAGCAUCACCACCCCUUACCCCUUACCCCCCUCCACCUCUCUGUGUGUCAUUCAGGAGCUGCUAGAGGCCCUCGGUGGUCGCGUCAUCGAUCUGCUGUCGGUGGCCGACAGUGAGUUUGAGCCCCGGCAGCUGGCCAACAUCGCAUGGGCCUUCGGACACUUCACCAAGGAAGGUGCGCUGGCGCCCGCUCUCCGCGACCGAGUGUUCGACAGCAUCGCACACGAGGCCAUCCUGCGACUGCGGCGGAACCAGGUGGGCAGAUGGGAUGUAGGUAGGUGGGGUGGGUUGGUGUGGAUGUGGUGUGUGCCCGGUGAUGAGACCUUACACAUGUUGAGGUCGCCGAUUUGUCUGUGCUGACCUGUGGCCCUCGAGAGGGGGUGAAGGGGGCACAGAUGCCCGUGAUUCUAUCGGAUUAUGAGAGCUGAGGGACGAUACUGUGUUUAGACAGACACGGAGACCUGCAUGCUCCAUGCUGUGACGUCUCGUGGUGCGUGUUGAUGCGUCGCUGGAUGGAUUGGCCUUUCUGUGUGUGUGUAUGUGUGUGUUUGGAUGCAGGUCUUCCCUGCGCAAGCCCUGUCAUCUCUUCUGUGGGGAUUCUCCACAGCCAAAAUAUGGUACGCCCGAGAGGAGCCAGUGAGCCAGCACCCACUCACACACCCCAAAAAAAGCCACACUCUCUCUCUGCGUUCAUCGUCCGAUUGCUAGGUGUGAGGAGCUCUUUGACCUGGCCAGCGAGCAUGCCUCGGCACUUUUGCCCGACAUGGCGCCCUACGGCCUGGUAACGCUCACCAAGGCAUACUCCAAGGCCAUCGACAUACCCGAGGUGCGGCAAUACGGCGGCAACCAACACGACGGCCGGGAGCAGGCCCACUGGACCUCGCCGACCCUCAUUGAUGACGGAUCAGGGAUGAGGUUAGCGGGAGCAGGGGAGAGAGGUGGCUCUGGGUGGGUAGUUGAUCGAUGCCUGUGUCCUUGUAUGUGUGUGUGUUGUAUCAGCUUGUGGGCGUCAGCCCCCAGGCGUCCAGAGCCGCUCCCCCGGCCAGCCGACAAGCGAUACCCCCACGCCAUCCACAAACUGCUCAGGUAAUUAAGGAGAGAAGGCGACAGACACUCGCCGUUUACCUGCACUCUUGCCCGUUUGUGUUUCCCCUCAGUGGGGUGGCGAGUGAAGUGAAGCAUCGCCUCUCUGAGUCGCCGGGUUCCAUCGCCCCUGUGGACAUCAAGGACAUCACCUGGGCGUUCGCGGCCGCCGGUGAGUAGAACAAUUGCCACACAUGACGCGCACCGAACACCCGCCCACACAUCGACAUCGACGUGGUUGGUGCGGACCUGCGUGAGCUGCAGGGUGGAAGGAUCGUGAGCUGUACGGGUGUCUGGCGGGUGCGUGCGGUCCCCAUCUGCGUCGGAUGGCGACUGACCACCUGGUGGUGCUCUUCCGCACCAUGGCUGAUGUGCAACUCGACGACCUCAGAUUCUUCAAAACGUGGGCGAGACGAUAAAACAGACAGAGGGAGGGAGGGAGGGAGGGAAGAAGAGGUAUCGCGUAUUGUGGUGUGGUUCUCUGACCCACAGGGCGUCGAGUGAGCUGCGGCGGCGGCUUCAGGACUUGGAGCUGAAGCACCUCCCAUACAUCAUCUGGGCCUAUGGAAAGGUCAGCUCAGCCAGGCACCCCAUCCCUUGAACCACGCCACGCCUUGGUCUGCAUCUAUCGUGUGCUGUGGUUCUUGUGGCUGUGGCUGUGGCUGUUGUGUUGCCUGCAGCUGUCCCUGUUGGACAGUGGGUUGAUCUCCGGUGUGCUGCCCCGCGUGUGCGCCAACAUGGCCGCAUAUGAGCUGCACCAGCUGGUCAUGAUCGCAUGGGGCCUCGCAUGCCUCAGGUGGAAGGUAAGGUUACCAAGAAGGGUGGACACAACGCCCACCAUGCCACCGAAACACCCAUUCGCGUGUGGGUCAUGUGUUUAGGACGAGGAGUUCUUCCGCCUGUUGGCUGACCUGGUGGUGGAGAGCAGCGGACAGCUGCAGGACAACGGUGGUGGCCCCAUGCCCCUCAAGCCCGCCCAGCAGGGCCUCAUUGCGUGGGCGUUCGCCUUCUCGGGGGUGGCCGACGACCGGCUGUUCAGCACUCUGGCGGCUGCAGUGUGUGAGCAGAGCCAGCUGGACGAGUACACGACCUGGACGCUGUGCCUGCUGCUGUGGUCCUAUGUCACCCUCGACCUGCACCGAUACUACGCCCAAAUGAUCACGUAAGGUGGUGGAUGGUGGAUGGAUGGAUGGAUGGAUCAUGGCGAGCGCGGCAUUGGCUCCAUUUGUGUUGUGUUGGUCUGGGAUUCGUUCAGGUUGGUGUUGGCUGAGCUGGACCGCCGGCCGCUGAGUGAGUUCUCGCCCAGAGAUGUGCUCCAGCUCGUGGAUGCACUGGCAAAGGUAAAGCCACCUUAGUGUGUUACCCAAACCGGGCGCAAUUCUGGUGCAUGCUCGUCGUCAGGGCGGGAUGCGCCCCGAGAGCCUUCUGCGUGGUCUUGUGGCCAAAGUGCGGAGAGACCUGGCCGUAUACGCCAUCACGGUGAGCCGCACGGGCUACAAGAGUCCACACAUCAAUCAUGCGAGUGCGGGCCUGUGUGUGUGUGUGUGUGUGUGCGUGUGCGUGUGCGUGUAGGAUUUGAUCUUUCUGCUGUACGGGCUGGUCCGUCUGGACCUGUGGGAUGAGAGCAUCGGCCAGAUCGUCUGCUUCAGAGCCACCAAGGCCAUGCAACUCAAGGUGAGUGGUCGAGUACACGUCCAUGCCGUCCGUCCGUCCGUCGUAUAUGUGUGUGUGUGUGUGUGUGGCAGGACACGUCCCCCCGCGCCUUGGCGCUGCUCGCCCGCACCUGCACUGUCGUGGGCUACCACCAACACGACUUCCUUAAAGUCAGUCAGUAAUCUGACAGAGGAGCAGAAUGCAGCCACAUUAUGCAGGUGUCAUCUUUCGCUUCUUCCCCAGGCGUACUUCAACCGGCUCGUGGCGGACGUGAGUGCCGGCGCCUGUGGUGAUGAUGACCUCUCGCAGUCACUGGGCGCGCUGAGGGAUCUCGACACCACACAGUCAGCACCAUAGACUGGCAGCCACUCUAGGGCGGCGGACACGGCAGCGGUGUGUGUGUGUGUGUGUGUGUGUCUGGUUGGGUGUGCAGGUAUGGUUGUGUGUUGGAUCAGCUGGCUGAUGCGAUCCUCGAGCGCUGCAAGAGGAAGGAGUCGGACGCCAGCGUCCUCGCCAACCUCGCGUGGACGCUGCACAAGGUGAGGGAGGGAGUGAGUGAGACACAACGACAUGAACUGACUGACCAUGGUUGUCGUGUGUGUCUGUUGGGUUGGGUGCAGUGUUCCAUGCUUGGGACUGGCGAGCGCGCCGACCGGAUGGCCCAGAUCGCCCUGCCCAUCCUGCCACACUUCACAAUACAGGUUCGCACACGCCUCGACGCUGGCCAGCCAGACCUUCCCACCUCACACACUCCUGUGCUGUGCUGUGCUCUCCCGCCCUCCCUCCCUAUCCUGCAGGAGCUGAGUGGCCUGCUGGUGGCGUACGGCCGGUGCUCAGGCCCUCUUGCCGAGUCGCUGGUGGACGGCAUCGCCAUGCAGGCGGUGGAGCGGUGGCCAGAGGUGCAGAGUGCGGGCAGGGCGGGGGUGUUCAUCUCAUACCUGCCCAGGAUCGCCGUCAGCCUCAGCGUGACCGGCGGAGACCCCACCAGGUGCGUUGUGUGCAACCAAUGCAGAGGCGUCUUGGGCGGGGAUUUGCAUCUUUUGUUUUGUUUUGUUUUGUUUUGUUGUGUGUAGGCUUCCGUCGUUUGAGCUGUUCCGGCUGGCUGCUGAUACGCUGAAGGCCUCGCCGACCCUCGUCAGGUACACUACACUCACACAUUGGGAGAAAGACGUUUUGUGACCCAUCGUGCGUGUGCAGGGGUGACAGAUUGCCUGGUGUGCUCGACUGCCUGGACUAUUUCGGUCUCAUCGACCAAGUAAGGCUCGCAGACACAACAAACAGGGGGCUCUCAUCGGCUGUGCUGUGCACUGAUGCGGGCUGGGCUGCCUGGCCGUUCGUGUCUUACGUAUGGCAGGGGUGGGCCGAGUCGUUCAUGGCAGCCAUGACACCUCAGUAAGCGGAUUAAUCAAGACACAUACAAUCAACACGUCAACACUCACUCGGGCUUUUCAUGAUGUAUGUCAGUGUGUCCACCUUGACGUUCCGCGAUUGGGCCAAAAUCCUCCCACGCAUCGUCGACCUCUCAUCACCCCAAUACCUCACACACGAGGCAGACACCCUCCAAGCAGCCCCCGCCGUCUCCCCCACCGGCCCCCAGCACGGCCUCCUCACGGCCGUGGGUGCGUGGGUCGGCUCGUUGGACCUCACAGCCUCAGACACCUUCGCACACCCAUCUCGACAAUGGGAGCGGGAGCACCCGGUGAGUGCGAGCGAGCUGGCGGCUGUGUUGUGGCCUGUGCUGCUGGUGGUGGACCCGCGUGAGGAGGGGAUGGAUGGAGUGCGGCGGCUGAUAGAGAUGGUGGUGGUGCGGGUGCAUGAGGUGCCCAGUGAGACGAUCGGCCGGCUGACGAGUGCCUGGAGGAGCCGGGGGCUGCCACGGCUGAGGGCCCUCAGCAGUGGGGGAGAGUGAGAGGCUGAGGGAGGGAGUUGGAGGCACUGACUGGUACAGUGCCAUGGUGAGGGAGUGGUGUACAGCGCUCUGAGAGAAAUGAAGGGUAGAGGGGCAGAGGGGCAGAGGAGUUGGGCGGCUGCCUGUCGAUGGAUGGAUGGAUGGAUGGGGUGACAGUUUUUGUGUCCAUUGAUCGACCUCUGUCUGUCUGUAUAGUGAGCGAGAGUGGAAGAGAUACAGAUAGAUGUACAGGAAGCCGGCGCUGGUGUAGAGGAGAGGCUGUGAUGGAUUGGUUUUGAGACGGCUCUGCAGUCGUUCGUUGCCUAGGGACUGACUGACUGCAAUGCUCUUGCGAAGAAGAAAUGACCACAAAUGACAUACAUCAGCUCUGCGUCGGUGGGAGUCUCAGUGAAUGGCUCAAUCAGCCAAUCAGUCUGUC